AUGACGCCUGCAGCUUCUCAUAACCGAGUGGUGCGACAAAACCCCGGAGAACGAAACUACCACAUCUUCUACGCUCUGCUGGCGGGAGCUAACAAAGAGCAUAAGAGCCUCUACUUCCUGGAGGACCCUCCUGAAUCUUUCCACUACCUCAGCCAAUCAGGAUGUCUGAAGGACAAGAGCCUCAACGACAAAGAGCUGUACAACAGUGUGAUGGAGGCGCUGAAGGUGUUGGAGUUCUCCGAGGAGGAGAUCAGAGACAUGUUCAAGCUGCUGUCAGGAGUUCUGCAGCUCGGAAACAUCGAGUUCAUGACGGCAGGAGGAGCUCAGAUCACCACCAAGCAAGUGAUCACUAACGCCAGCGAGCUGCUCGGCCUGGACGCCUUCCAGCUGUCUGAAGUCCUGACUCAGCGCUCCAUAAUCCUCCGAGGAGAAGAGAUCUGCUCCCCGCUCACUAUAGAGCAGGCCGUGGACUCCCGGGACUCUGUUGCCAUGGCGUUAUAUUCUCAGUGUUUCUCCUGGAUCAUCCUCAAGAUCAAUCAGAAGAUCAAAGGGAAGGAAAACUUUAAAUCCAUCGGCAUCCUCGACAUCUUCGGCUUCGAGAACUUUGAGGUGAACCGGUUUGAACAGUUUAACAUCAACUACGCCAACGAGAAACUUCAGGAGUACUUCAACAAGCACAUCUUCUCUCUGGAGCAGCUGGAAUACAACAGGGAAGGGGUCCAGUGGGACGCCAUCGACUGGAUGGACAACGCAGAGUGUCUCGACCUGAUAGAGAAGAAACUGGGCUUGUUGGCGCUCGUCAAUGAAGAGAGUCGAUUCCCCAAAGGAACAGACUUCACUCUGCUGGAGAAGCUGCACAGCCGACACUCUACUAACCCGUACUACGUCAAGCCAAGACUUGCUGAUCAUCAGUUCGGUAUCAAACAUUAUGCCGGAGAGGUCCUGUAUGAUGUUCGAGGGAUCCUGGAGAAGAACAGAGACACCUUCAGAGACGACAUCCUCAACAUGCUCAAAGACAGCAGGCUGGACUUCAUCUACGACUUGUUUGAGAAGGUCGGCAGCAGGAACAACGAGGAGAAGAUGGGAACGGCCAGACGUAAACCGACUGUCAGCUCCCAGUUCAGGGACUCGCUCCACGCUCUCAUGGCCACUCUGAGUGUUUCCAACCCGUUCUUCAUCCGCUGCAUUAAGCCAAACAUGGAAAAGAAUCCCAGUGUGUUCAGCCCGGAGGUGGUCCUGAACCAGCUCAGGUAUUCUGGGAUGUUGGAGACGGUGAAGAUCCGUCGGGCCGGGUUCCCCGUCCGCAGAACCUUCAAAGACUUCUUCUCUCGGUAUAAAAUCAUCUAUAAAGAGAAAUUAUCAGCAGCAGCAGCAGGAGACGAUAAGAAGAGAAGCACCGACCUUCUCACCAAAUACGACAAGACCAAGAAAGAGUGGCAGCUGGGCAAGACCAAGGUGUUUAUGAAGGAGUCUCUGGAGCAGCGUUUAGAGAAAGACAGAGAUGAAGUCCGACGCCAGGCUGCCAUGAUAAUCAGAGCCCAUCUCCUCACCUUCUCUGCCAAGAAACACUUCAAGUGUGUCCGAGCCAGCGUGGUCACGCUGCAGAAACACCUGAGGAGACACAUCCAGCGCAGGCAGUUUGUGAAGAAACGUAAAGCGGCGCUGGUGCUGCAGAGACACCGGAGAGGUCAGGUGGCUCGGACCAGGGUUAGAAAACUCAAAGAGGAGAAGAAGAAGAAGAAGGAGGAGGAGCAGAAGAAGAAAGAGGAGGAGGAGAAGAAGACAUCGGGCGAAGGGGAGAAGAAGGAGGCGGCUGAAGGAGCAGAGAAAGAGGACGAGGCUUCUGACGAGGCCCGGCAGAUGGAGGAGAUCCUGCAGCUGGAGCGAGAGAUCGAGCGUCUGCAGAAGAAGAGGGAGGACGAGGUGUCCCAGCUCUGCGAGUCCUCCAAGCAGGAGCUGCAGCUGCGUCGGGACGCCGAGCUCAAACGGAUGAAGAAGGAGGCGUCCCGCAAGGCCACGGAGCUCAUCGACCUCCUCAACUUCGGAGGAGUCGACCCGUCGCUGGGAGCCGCCGCGGCCAAACCUGCCGAGGAGGCGAAACCUCCCAAAGCUGCAAACGCCACCAGAGGAGCGUCCAAAGAGGAGGAGGUGGACGAGGGCUUCCACGCCGAGGAGGAGUGCAUCCCUCUGCCUGACUUCCCUCCUCCUGCUGAGACGGACGCUCCUAUCGACACAUCGGACAUAUUCGCCCACCUCCCUCCUCCACCUCCUGCUUUUGCAGAGGGGACAGUUCCUCCCGCGCCUCCUCCUCCACCUCCUCUACCCACAGACGGCGCCGCACCCGCUGCAGGAAUCCCUCCACCUCCUCCUCCUCUACCUCCACCUGGAGACGGCUCCCCUGUCCCUCCUCCUCCUCCUCCUUCUGCACCUCCUCCUCCACCUCCUCCUCCCCCAGGAGACGGGGAGGAGAAGAAGCGGGACCCCGAGAGGAAGGUGAGCAUGGUGGAGAGCCUGGUGGACGGGGAGGAGCCCAUCUACAGCAUGCCGGCCGACACCGAGUCCGACUACGACCAGGAGGAGGAGGAGGGCUCCGUCACCGCGGGCGACGACAGCUCCGUCUCCGGGAGCAACCGGGGGAGCGCCGCCGUGACGGACGACGAGCACCCGAGGAAGUCGACGUGCACCAACGCCAGCAUGGAGUCCUACCGCGGCAGCUCCGACUCCUAUGCAGACAGUGAUGAUGAACAUGACGGUAUGAUGGACACUGAUGAAGAAGUGACUAAUGGCAGAGUGACCCUGCUCAAUGGAAACGGACCUCCAUAUUUCCACGGCUACCUCUACAUGAAGGCCGGUCUGAUGAUCCCCUGGAGGAGGCGCUGGUGUGUUCUGAAGGAUGAGACCUUCAUGUGGUUCCGCUCCAAGCAGGAGUCUCUGAAGUCGGGCUGGCUCUACAAGAAGGGAGGAGGCCUGUCCACUCUCUCCCGCAGGAACUGGAAGAUGCGCUGGUUCGUGCUGAGAGACAGCAAGCUGAUGUACUACGAGAACGACAGCGAGGAGAAGCUGAAGGGAACCAUCGACAUCAGAGCCGCCAAGGAGAUAGUGAAUAAUCACGAGAAGGAGAACGCUCUGAACCUCGUGACAGAUGAGAGGACAUAUCAGGUGUUUGCUGAGUCACCAGAGGACGCCAGCGGCUGGUUCAACGUGCUCAGUAAAGUGCGUGUUUGUACUCCGGAGCAGCUGCUGGAGAUGUCUCAUGAACAGGCCAACCCGAAGAACGCUGUGGGAACUCUGGACGUGGGGCUGAUCGACUCUGUCUGUGCUUCAGAUAACCCUGAUCGGCCGAACUCCUUCGUCAUCAUCACGGCCAACAGAGUGAUCCACUGCAACAGCGACACGCCGGAGGAGAUGCACCACUGGAUCAGUCUGCUGCAGAAACCGAAGGGAGACGCCAGGAUCGACGGGCAGGAGUUCCUCGUCAGGGGCUGGCUCCAGAAGGAGAUGAAGACGAAUGCGAAGAGCACCUCCCUGAAGCUGAAGAAGCGCUGGUUCGUCCUGACCCACAACUCCCUGGAUUACUACAAGAGCUCAGAGAGAAACUCCUCCAAGAUGGGAACUCUGGUGCUGAACUCGCUCUGCUCCGUCAUCCAGCCGGAUGAACGGGUGCACAGGGAGACGGGUUACUGGAACAUCAUCGUGUACGGCAGGAAACACUCGUACCGCCUCUACACCAAGAUGCUGAACGAGGCCAUGAGGUGGACAGCAGCCAUACAGGGAGUCAUAGACAGCAAGACCCCCAUAGAAACCCCCACCAUGCAGCUCAUCAGAGACAUCAAGGAGAACAGUGUGAACCCAGACAUCGUGGAGCAGAUGUACCGGAGGAACCCCAUCCUCAGAUACACUCAGCAUCCUCUACACUCUCCUCUGCUGCCGCUGCCCUACGGAGAGGUCACCAGCCUACAAAGGCAGCAGGGCUACGCCAGCCUGCAGGACGAGGCGGUGAGAGUUUUCAACUCUCUGCAGGAGAUGGAGACGCUGGCGGACACGGUGCCCAUCAUCCAGGGCAUCCUGCAGACCUGCCAGGACCUGCGUCCUCUCAGGGACGAGGUAUAUUGUCAGGUGAUCAAGCAGACCAAUCACGUGCCUCAGCCUAACAGCCCAGCCAAUCGAGCUCACUGGCACCUGCUCACCUGCAUGAGCUGCACCUUCCUCCCCAGCCGAGUCAUCCUCAGAUACCUCCGCUUCCACCUCAAGAGGGUACGAGAGCGUUAUCCCGGCACGGAGAUCGAGCGUUACGCCAGUUUCAUCGGGGAAUCCCUGAAGAAGACCAAGACUCGUGAGUUCGUUCCCUCUCAGGAGGAGAUCGCCGCCCUGCUGGUCAGACAGGAGAUGAGCACCACCGUCUACUGCCACGGAGGAGGAUCCUGCAAGAUCUCCAUCAACUCACACACCACAGCUGGAGAGGUUGUGGAGAAGCUGAUCCGAGGUUUGGCCAUGGAGGAGAGCAAGAACCUGUUCUCUCUGUUCGAACACAACGCCUUCACAGACCGAGCUCUGGAGAGCAGAGUCAUCGUGGCCGACGUGCUCGCCAAGUUUGAGAGGUUGGCGGGCAGUGAGGAGGAGGAGGAGGAAGGAGAAUGGAAACUGUACUUCAAGCUCUACUGCUUCCUGGAUGUAGAGAGCAUGCCCAAAGAAGGAGUGGAGUUUGCUUUUAUGUUUGAGCAGGCUCACGAGUCUUUGAUAAGCGGUCACUUCCCGGCGUCGGAGGAGACUUUGCAGCACCUGGCCGCUUUACGUCUCCAGUAUCUCCACGGCGACGGGGCGGGUCGGGCCGGUUGGAGCCUGGGAACCGUUUAUCCCAUCGGACGCCUCCGCAACCGCAUCCUCCACUCCACCAAGCCGGGCGUGGGGGCGGCAGGAGGAGCCGGAGGAGCCGGAGCAGGAGCAGGAGACGGGAAGGGGAUAGCAGGAGGACAGGGAGGCGUCGGGGUCGGCGUGGAGAAACGGAAGACUCCGAGCUUCCUGGACGGCACGCUGAGGAGAAGCUUCAAGACCGGGUCGCUGAAGAAGCAGAAGGUGGAGGAGGAGCAGAUGUUGGAGAUGUGGGUGAAGGAGGAGACGUCGGCCACGCGGACCAGCGUCCUGGAGAAGUGGACCCGGCUGCAGGGCAUGCCUCAGCACCAGGCCAUGCUGAAGUACAUGAGCAUCAUCAAGGAGUGGCCGGGAUACGGAUCCACUCUGUUUGAUGUGGAGUGUAAAGAAGGAGGUUUCCCUCAUGACCUGUGGCUGAGUGUGAGUGCUGACAACGUGUCGGUGUAUAAACGAGGAGAACCGAAGCCUCUGGAGACCUUCCAGUACGUUCACAUCACCUUCUUUGGAGCCUCACAGCCCUGCACCUACAAGAUCAUCGUGGAUGAGAGGGAGAUGUUCUUUGAGACGCCACUGGUGGGUGAGAUCACUAAGAUCAUGAGAGCCUACAUCAACAUGGUGGUGAAGAAGCGUUGCAGCGUGAUGUCAGUGACCAGUGUAACCAGUUCCUGGGCCAGGUGAUCGCCACAACAACCAGUCAGAGCCCCUCGGUUCUCCCAGUGGCACCAGGAGCCUGGGCCCCCCCUCUGCCCCUGCAUCCAUCCACUGGUUGGUUGGUUGGUUGGUUUUUAUGGAGGCAGUCGCACCAACCAGCUGUUCCUCCAGGCUGAACCAGAGCGCUGGACCAUCCACACGGGGAAACAGCCAGACAGGAAGUGGACUCAGGAGCCAAACGCACACUCUACUGGCCCGGGUCUCACUUGGGAUAUAAGGGGGAUUACAUUUAAUUUGUGCAUGACAAAGAAAAACAACCUGUAUUUUGGGACGGCCCUUUCAAAUCCAUACAUAACCUGCCAGUCGUAGUCCUGCAUGUAGAUGUUCAAGCACACUCCAAACUCCUCUCUGCUUCCUUUUUCCGGACAAACCUCAAGUAAUAACAAGCACAACAAAGCCGCCCAGCCCCGGUCUAACCCAGGUGGCACCCCCGAUAACCCCUAACCCCCCCUCCAGUGCACUGCCAGACAGAAGAAAGCCACACGUCCUCCGUUAAAUCUUUCUUUCUCAAAACCUCCGAUUUCAAAAAGUCUCUCUCUUUCUCUUCACGUGUCCUCACUCCUGUUGCAUCUUCGUUUGCUAUUAUGGGUAUUAAGUUUUUAUUACGCUAAACUCUUGCUUGCUUUUUCUUUCUCUGUCGUUCUCUCUCGUCUCUGUCGUUUAUAGAACCUGGUCUCACAGGAAUCCGUGAAAUAGCCACGGAUUCGCUUAACUUAAAAUCCGUGGAAUAGCCA